GGUGUUAAUUGGUCACUUAUUUCGAUUUGGUUGAUAUUGAUGUUUCUAACUUGUUGAACGACAAAAUGGUCUUCGAUGAUGGUAAAUUCGUGUGGGACAAAUCUUUGUACGCUCGUCAAAUGCGUCUCAAUCACAAACCAUUCCACUACGAUGUCACUGUGGAAUCUGAUAAGGCACAAAGGGUUGUCCUUCGCACCUUCUACGGACCUAAAUUUGACGAAUAUGGACGUAUUAUCUCGCUCAAGGAUAAUCGCAUGAACUUCAUUGAAUUGGAUGAAUUCGUCUAUGAACUAACCGCUGGUGUAAAUGUCAUCAAACGUUCAUCUGAAGACUUUUACUGGACUGUUAAGGAUCGCACUACGUACACUGAAUUGUAUCAAUAUGUGAUGGCUGCUGUGGAUGGUAAAUACGAAUUGCCUUUGAACAUUAGUGAAUCCCACGGUGGAUUCCCAGAUCGUCUGCUCUUACCUAAGGGUAAGGAGUGUGGAUUGCCAGUACAGUUCGUAUUUNUCAUUACUCCAUACGAUGGCUCUGUCGAACACCCCUCGAACAUUGAUGUUAACUACCUAUCUGGCAUUGGUUCCGGACUACGUUACACUGAUAACAAACCAUUCGGCUAUCCAUUCGAUCGUCCCAUCGAUGAAUCCCAAUUCUUCGUGCCCAACAUUUACUUCAAGGAUGUGAGCAUCUAUCACAAUGACACACUAAGACAAUACUAUGAAAACUACAACAACUACGGCCAAUUCGACUACAACUUUUACAACGAGUACUACACCAAAUACUUCAACUAAAUCGAGCUGGCUGUGGAAUAAAGAUAUUGGGUAUUAAUUUCUUAUUUAUACCUAGUAUGUGGGUUUUUAGUUAAUUGUUAGUCAAGCAAACGUAAAUGUAAUAAAAGUUAAUGCAAUCAAUUUCUAUAGCGAUGCAAAUAUAAAAAUAAAA